AAUGUCUUCUUAAUGUUUAGAAGGUGAAAGUAUAGAAUAGAGAUGUUUAAACACCCAAUUUUUGUUUACCUAAACAUAAGAAUCUUCUAAUCUGGAAGUUACUCUCUAUAAACAAUAUUAGUGAAGUGUCGGUGCGUUAACCCCUUGAAAUAACAUUUUAAAUAAAUAGUAUAUUCAUUUCGUGUGCUUUUCAUAUUGACUGAACAAGAGGAAUUAUGGUGGCUAUUAACAAACAGAUUUAUCUAUUUUCUAAAAACUUUUUAGUUGUUAAGACGGGUGGUAUCGUUGUUUUUUAAGUGUAAGGACACUAAAUAUGGAUUUAACUAUAAGACUGCAUCCAAGACUGGUUACUAAAUAGAGGUCGAUAAUAUAAAUAUGGAUAACGGGAAUCUCAGCGUAAGCGAAUGCGAUGAGACCGAAGAAGAUUCACCUUCAGAAACUUGCGUUUCUCCUGGCGGAGGAACCAUUUUACCCAGUAAUAGCAGGGAACAAAGAAAUAAGGCCGAAAAACAGAGAAGGGACAGACUGAAUUCGUACAUAGGAGAAUUGGCAAAUUUAGUCCCGAUGGUUGCGAAAAGUGCGAAACGCUUGGACAAAACCAGUAUCCUUCGACUGACAGCGACACACUUGAGAAUAAAACAAAUGUUAAAUAAUAGCAAAGUAGUCCCCAACAUGACUUUCCCAAAAGAAGUGGAUCAAAUCCUUUUAGAACAACUUAUCUAUGAGCAGAUGGGUGGUUUCCUUCUCAUCAUGUUGUCGACCGGGAAAAUUGUUUUUAUUUCAAAUACAGUGGAAAACCUUCUCGGUCAUUUACAGACGGAUCUUAUGGGUCAAUCUCUGUUCAACAUAACCGCCCCCGAGGACCACGAUCGUUUAAAGAUGUUUCUCCAAUGCGAAGGAGACAUUGAGCACGAUUGGAGAAAAUAUUUUACUAUUAGACUGAAAAGGGCAGGACCGAGGUCCGAGUCGCCCGUAUACGAACAAGUAAAGAUGAUGGGCAUGCACAGACAAGGAAAUAAUCAAAAUAGUAUAAUGUCCAGUAAUAGUAGUACGGCUAGCAGUAGUAGUUCAUCUAGUAACGCAAAUCCCGAUGAUAUUUUGAUUUUUUUCGUAAAAGUAUGUCGACCGGAACCGUUCAUCGAAAGACUCAUGGAGGCUUCUAAAGAAGAGUACGUCACAAGGCAUUUGAUAGACGGUAGGAUAAUUGGAUGCGAUCAAAGAAUUUCAAUAAUCGCUGGAUAUAUGACCGAAGAAGUUAUGUGUCAUUCUGCUUUUUUGUAUAUGCAUAAAGAAGAUGUGCGCUGGGUGAUGAUCGCUUUACGUCAAAUGUAUGAUAGAGGAGAGAUGCGAGGAUCAUCAUGUUACAGACUCCAGUCCCGUAAUGGACAAUUCAUAUUUUUAAGAACCAACGGAUUCUUGGAAAUAGACGACCAGGGAAUAGUGGAAAGUUUUAUUUGCGUAAACACGUUAAUAUCUGAAGUAGAAGGUUUACAAUUGAUCGAUGAUAUGAAGAAGAGAUAUUCAGCAAUUUGCUCACUAGAAAGUUUAACUCCUCCUCCAAGCAACGACUCUAUUGAAGACGAAGUGGAGGAUCCCUUACAAUUGGAACAAGCGGUAGCGCAUCUGAUGUCAAAUUUGGCUACUCCCGCUUCUACAGAGGACGUACAAACCGGUACUUCAAGCCCUUUAAUAACCACAGAGAAACAAGACUGUACUGUAAUACCAACGACUGAGUAUUCUGCUGCUGCUAUGCACAAAUACCAAAUGAAAAGGCCCAAAAGGUCGCCCAGUGAUGACAAAAACUGGGAUCUCUAUGGGUGCAAAAGGCAGAAAGCUGCCGGUGGAAGGAUAAGGGCGAACCAGUCAUAUACCGUUACAACUGUAAAGAAAGAAAUUAAGAAAGAUCCGGAAACACCUUUAUAUCAACAUGACCAGUUUCUAAGCCAUAAUUUAUAGAAGAAAUCGUAUGAAAAAGCAAAAUUAGAUCCUAGAAUUGGAAGACUGACCGACUAGGGCCAUACUUAAGGAACAUACACUCGUCUGCGUACAAAAACUUAAUUGCGGGAAGUGUAAUAUUUAUAAUAUACAUGUUCCAUUCCUUUGGAUAGAUUUUAGAAAAAAAAAUACUUGUUUUCUUUAAAAAAAAAUGAAAAACGUGCGGUAGUUUUUUUAAACCAGUACUGGCUUUUAGUUUCUGAUAAAAUAAGACGUUCUAUUGAAAAUAAUUUUUUUUCUAAGUUGUUUUGCAAUGUUAUUCAUUUUUUCAUUUUCUAGGGUCAAUCCGAGGAAUAGAUAUUGUCAAACUGAACGAAAAAGAAACAUUAAGAAAAUGUAAAAACAAUGUUUUAUUUUAUAAAUAUAUUAGGGCGUAAUACAACUUGUACAGAUUUUUUUAAUAUUCUCGUAAUAUAUAUUAAUUAUUAUAGGAAUUAAUUAUAGUAAAACUGUGAUGAAGACUUUAUUCAUGUUAAUUUUAGGAUUAAUGUCUGUUUUUUUUUGUAUAAAAAUAUACGAAGAUAUCAUAGGUACAAAAAAUGACUUUGGGAUUCAAGUACUCUCGUCAAAGAUCGACAAUUUUCUAAAUCAAUAGAUCACUAAAAUAAAUAAAAAAAAAAAUUAUUCCGUACUAAAUGUACGGUACCGAUAAGUUUUACCCCUCUACACUAAACACCGAGGUAAAAAGUUUAUCUUCAGUUUCUGAAGACGAUAACUUUAUUAUCGAAACGCGCGUCAGCGCGUAAAAGGUGUGUCAGUAUGAAUCCAACUCAACCGUCAAUUUUUAUUUUCAACGAGGUGUUUUAUAACGUACCAACUAUUGUCACCCGUUUUACCCCAUCCCCUUGACUGCUACACCAUCAGAUUUUUCAAAUAGCAAGAAGGGUCGUGCGAUUCUGCCACCCCAUCCUUCUAGCGCCGUUCUUGCGAAAAUCUUACGUUCCCAGCAGUUCAAAAUCCGCUCACUUGUCGUUAUAGUCCAUGUCUCGCAUCCCUAUGUGACUACGGGACGAGUUAUUGCCUUGUAAAUUGUGAGCAUUGACUUUCGUGAGAAUCCUGAAGCAUUUCCUUCAUUUAUCAAAGACCCAAGAUAUUUGAAUUGGUGGUACGAUGUUCUCUGAUUUGGAACGCGGUUUGGGAGGUCGGUAUUCUCCUUGAGGUUCUCAUGGUUUUCUGUUUUUUGAUUUUGAGUCCUGUUACUUCACCUACUCGCUUGAACUACAAAUGGUUCGUGCCAUGAUGUCAUCAUCAUCCGCAUAGGCGCAAAUAGUCCCAAUGGGAUUCCUUCGGAAGCUCCUUGCAACACCUUCCAGUGAGAAAUUGUCGCUAGUGGCACUCCCCGAUACCUUCACUCUGCCAGAAGCGUUCCUCAUUGUCAUUCUAACCAUGCGCACCAAUUAGGUGUUGUUCAUUCUGAGGAAAGUACAUAACAUAUUCCCUCUAGAAUUGCAAAAGAUUUAUUUUAGAAUCUUACAUCCUAUACAAACACCAUCUUUUUACCAUACAAGCAUUUAUGGCCCAGAAAAAAUUGAACCACCACUUUUGUUUACCUUAUUCCAAUCCUAUAUGUAGGUAUAACUUAGUCAAUCGAAUCGAUUCCUCCCAUAUGUACUAUAGGCUUUGAAUGGAGUUUUUUUUUGGGGCCCUACAACUUAAUUUAUAUUUUAUGGUACUCGGAAAAACAUUUCGGGUGGAGUGAAAGGUUAUAUUUCUUACAUAAGUAUAUCUACAGAUUCUUCCAUGAUACAUACACUUGUUUAGAUUCCCUUUUCCUAUUGAAAUGAUCUAACUGAUCCAUAUUAAGCUCAUCUUUCUAUAUAAGCAUUAUUCAGAAGAAUGUACAGAACCUUAUGCAAUACUCGUUCUUGUAUCAUACAAGCCCACAAAAAAAUCCAAAAGUUUAUUCUAAUCAUAUAAGUGGGUGUGAAUUAGUCGAUCAAAUUGAUUCCUUUUAUAUGAACUAGAGUUAUUUGAAUCGAGACUCUUUUUGGAAUACCUAUUCGUGGAUUAUGGGGCCCUGUACACAAUUUAUCAAAACGACAUUAGUGUCAUUUCAUCGGACCAUAUUAAAUUUCCCAUUGGAAAUCAUUCGACAUUUACCCCAUAUAUCUCAAGGAAAUGAAAAGUUAUAUCCUGUGUAGGUAGUUCUUUAUAAUUUAUUUUAUUUCCACGUAAUGUCCCUUUUCCUACAGGACUUUUUUGUUAAAUUUGUUCGAGUUAUAAUCACAUUAUAUCAAAAAUAUAAAUUUUUUUCACAUUGAUCUUUGUAAAAUUCAGUUUUUCUUGACAAGAAGCAACUUUCGUUUCUUGACAUGAUUUUUUUUCCAAUUCCAUGCUUUGACCAUAUCAAAAUAAAGAAUGAAGUUCAGAAGGUAACUGUCUAAAGAGUUAAACCACAUGUUUAUAUUUUACCUUCACACUUUUGACAUUGAAAGUUUAUGAAAAAACUGAAAAUUUUUUAUUCCCAGAAAAUUCUGAAUUGUCAUGCAACUUUAGUUGCAAUUGGUUACGCUUUUCAUUUAAAGAAGUUUCCUGAAAAAUCGAAACUUUACAAGAAAAACUGUAUUUUUAGCUGAAAAUGUUUGUCAAUUUUAAUUUAGGGAUUGAUAUAAUCAUUGUAUAAAGAAUAGGAUUCUAUUCUUUAUACAAUUCUAUAAUCAACUUGAUCAUUAAAUUGUUGAUCUUAUAAAUCAUUUUUCAAUAUACCGAAUCGAUUCCUUCCAGUUUGUUACUUUUAUAUUGCAUAACUGCCAGACAUUUUGGUAAAAUCUUUUUUUUCCUCGAAAUUUAUACGUAAAAUAAUUAAUACUAAAUCAAUAAAAUUAUAAAUGACCAACUAAAUUACCAGAUUUAAAAUUAAUCGAUUUUUAUAUUGGAUAAAAUUUAUUAUAUGACUGUUUAGUCCAAAAGAACUGAUUGUAAAUUAAGUCAACACCGGUAACAAAUUAAGAUUAAUACAUCAGGGUACAAUUACCAGCAUAAGACAUUUUUCCCAUCACAUUUUUUAACCAUUUCAAUCAUCGUUAAACAGUAGCAGAAAAAAUGUAAAUUGAAAGAGUUACUGUUUCGCAAAUAAAACAUUUGAUAUUUUAAAACAUGAGUUGCUCAAAUUAUAAUUGAAAAUAUGUAUAGAAAGACUGAAAUUUAUACAAAAAAAUUAAAAUAUAUUAAAAAAAAACGAUUCUGAUAUGUAAUUAGAAUAUUUUGUUAAUUCAAAGUAUCAUGAAUAUGAAGGUUGUAAAGUCUGAUGCUUUAUUCUGGAAAAAACGAUUCUAGAAUUUAAUUUUUCAUAAUAUAUUGAAUUCGGAAGAAAUUUUUUUCAGUAAACCAUUUAUUUCGAAUAAUCCCUUACCACAUUCAACCAAAAGUGAGUAUUGUAACAUGCCAAUAGGUUUGUUAUGGUUUUCGUAUUUUGUUAAUUACUGUGGUUCACAUCUUUCAUUUAGUCGCUUCCAAAAUAUAUUAAUUUGUCAAUUUCCUCAUUUGAGUGAUAUUAAAGUUACAAAAUUUCAUUUUUAGAUUGUUUUCCUCUACUACUAUAGUGAUAUGCAGUAACAUCAGGUCCAGCUUGAAAAUCAUCAAACUACCCAGUGAUGUAGUACUGAAAUUAACUGUACCGAAGCUGUGAGUAGUGACUAACCUCCUUAAUAUAAUUUAGAUUAAGCACUACAAGAUAUGGUGUACUCUCAAUGAAUUUCUUUUUGUGAUUUCUCUAAGACAUCUCUAUCGCUAAAUUCAGCCAUUCAGUAGUCUAUUUAAUCGCUCCGGCCUCUCUACACCACUGAGACAACCGUUAUCACUGUAAUACCACUGUUAGACUGUUAUAGAAACUGCAACAAUCAACCCUUCUUCAGAUAAAUUAUGUCGCCUCCAGUAUAAAUCUUCAUACAAUAUACAACUUUAAUUCCGCCUUUUUAUAAUAUUUUUUCAAAAUUUCGAUUUGUUAUAAAAAUUUAUGUAUAAUAGGGUACCAUGUAUACUGUGACCCAAAGGAUUUAUUGUGCCCCCGUUUCUUGUUGCGGUACUGGGGAUCUCACUGUUUACAGCUAAUCUAUUAAUCCCACUCCUCUUAAAAAGUUCUGGAGUGUCUCACACUUUGAGAGAAUGUGGAUAGAGGUUUCUUCCUCUGCAACACAGAAUAUGCACGCUGCAUUAUCUGCUAAAUUUAGCGUCUUUAGGUAUCCUUUGAGGCGACAUUGCCCCAAUAGGACUCCUUUCAAUAUUUGUAGAUUGUUUUUACUGAUACAUUCAGCAAAUUUUCUUUCGUUAUAGUUUCCCAGGAGUGCCUUUGCCUGUCUCAACCCCUGUAGAUUAGUUAUCCUAAUAAUUGGUUUUGCUCCUAUCUACUUCCUUUUCAAUUGCUUAUUACCAAUUUCCAAAUACAAGCAUAUGAGAUCAAUAACAUAAAAAUGAAAAAAAGUAGAAUUAAAAUGGAUGUGGUUCGCUACAGCUAAUUCUUCAGAUCAAAAUGUAUGGUCAUUGAGGACGAACUUCAACCACAGCAUAAUUUAUCAAAUUGGCUUCCUAGGAGGUAAAGUAAAAGAAUCUUAAAAUGAAAUUUCGCUAUUUAAACAACACUCAAAUGGAAAUAGAAUACUAAUUAAUUUAUUUUUUUAUUAAUUAUAUUUUUUUAUUUAGAAAAGGUUAAAUAAAUGUUAUUUGUAAUGUGAACAACAAAUAAAUUAUAAUUUAUAAACUGGGAGUACUUGAAUACCGUUUUAUAAAUAUUACCUGUAAUACUUAUCGUUGUACAUUAUUAAUGUUUUAAACGGUUUUUAUGUUAUAUAUCUGUUUAGAGCAGCAACAAUGUACUCAAUAAAUUGAAUAUGUACAAUUUUUAACUAUUAGUAGGACCAUAAGCAUGAAGAAAAAGCCCCCACAACUUCCCAUAUUUAUUUAUAAUAAUUGCAAACACUUUGUUAACGACACUAAGAACUACAAACAAAAUAACUUACAAAUUAGGCUUCUAGUUGAGCGUGAGGUUUCUUAAAUGUCACUAUUUUUGUGAAUAUUAACAAUCAUUUCAAUAUAUAGUUUGUUAUCGCUUAAAAAGUGUUUGUAAGGGAAGUUUAUAUAAUAAAAAACAUCCCUAAUAUUGAAGGGAUAUUCUUGAAUAGUUUCAUUAGCAUCAAAUUAAGGGGAAUUUCUGUCGAGUCUAAUACGAAAGGUCUCUGUACUAUGAAAGUAGGAAUUGAAAGGAUUUUGGGGGUAGUUGAUAUUUUGUAAUUUUAUUUUUUAUUAAUUGUACAAAACGAGAAAGGAUGUGAUUACCCGCAAAAUACUAUUAAUAAUUUUAUAUUUGUUUGCCACCAUACAAUUUUAAUUCAAAAAUAUAUUAAUUACAACUUGAA